AUGAAUCGGCUUACGGCUCUUCGUUUCUAUUCGAGGAAAACACAAAAAAAAGUUUAUAAUACUAUUGGUCCUUCGCGGGGUUCACAGGUGGGAGAAAUACAUCGUAGAUUAGCCGAAUUAUCUCGAGAAGAGCCAGAGAGACCCAGCAAUUACAAUGUUGAGUCUAUGAUCGGAGAGAAAUUGUUAAGACAAGAUAGUAACUUUUACAAAGUAGAGGAAAAGAGAGCAGAUGAAGGAAAACUCUAUGAAUCAAAGGAAACUCCAAAGAGCAAACAAGUUUCGUAUCCAUUGAAGGGAAUACAAGUAGAAACUACAAACACACAACCAAUCGAAGAGAAAGAAGAACGGUCUUCCUCACAGUUCGAGAGAGGAUUCUUCAUUGAUUCAGGCAAGUAUGUCGAUGAAUACACUGCUGGUAACGCUGAAGAUAUAGCCGAUGAUGAGCUUGUCAUGUCCACUCGAUCUGUUUAUGGGCCAACAGAUGCUGUUGAGCACAUCGAUUUUCAGCUCCCCCAUCAAAACUUGAAUGAGAAGGAUGAGUUAUCAGCAUUCGCUGAUGAACCUCUGGAUAUCGCCGACCAUUUCGGAACUGCUGAUCCUGAGAGAGCAGCUUCAGAAAAGCCUUGUUCAGGUUGUGGAUCUCAUAUACACUGCAAGGACAGUUCGCUUCCAGGCUUCCUGCCUGUUGAAGUUUUCGACAAAGUUAUAACGAAAAAGAAAAUGUUGGAUAGUCUGUUAUGUCGACGUUGUUAUCUGUUGAAGCAUCAUAACUUCCUUUUGAAUGUUAAUGUUUGUCCAGUGGAUUACGAAUCCAUGAUGUCACAUCUCAAACUGAAAGAUGAGUCUCUAAUUCUUCUGGUGGUUGACGUAACUGAUCUCCCUGGAAGUAUUCAUGCACAUCUACCCAACAUAAUUGGAACACGUAAACCUAUGAUAGUCAUCGGAAACAAAGUUGACCUGCUUCCGCCUGAUGCUCAAUGUGGUUAUUUCAAAAACUUCCGAACAAUUGUUCAAGAAGCAGUGGAAGAGGCAGGUUUCAGAGACAAGUUCAACAUCCUGCACACUGCUCUAGUCAGUGCAAAAACAGGAUAUGGUGUCGAGGAUUUGAUUACUGAAAUUCAAUUGAAGUAUACAACUGUCAAGAUGGGCAUGAGGAGCGAUUUGUAUCUUGUUGGUUGUACGAAUGCUGGAAAAUCGACAUUGUUCAAUGCACUUCUCCAGUCAGAUUUAUGUAAAGUUCGUGCUGUUGAUCUCAUUGAGAGAGCUACCACCUCACUCUGGCCCGGGACCACCAUAUCUUUGCUCAAAUUUCCCGUGAUGAAACUUUCUUCGUACCGAAUGGAGUUAAGGAGAAGACGUUUACUCAAACAGAAAGCUUGGGAACAAAAGGAAAUGUAUUCGAGGAAGCUUCUGCUACAGGAGACUGGUGAUGAUAAGUACGCAGUUCCUAUUGGAGUUAUUCAGAAUACUUACAAGGAGCAAGAAGAAGACCUGCAGCCGGUGGCGAUCAAAGAAAUUGCGGGUGAAGAGAAUGCCAGAGAUGCUUCUACAAAAAAAAUUUCCAUCGAUGAUCCUAUUUUCGCUCGAAGUACGUGGUGUUAUGACACUCCUGGGACAGUCACAGACGACCAAGUCACUUCUCUGUUCACUAUAGAUGAGCUAAUCAAAGUUCUUCCACGUAAAAUACUUCUUCCCCGAACUUGUUUGUUGAAUAAGGGGACAACUCUACUAAUUGGCGGAGUUGGACGUGUAGAUUUGAUUGAAACCAAAAAGGAACAAGGUGUUUAUCUGACAGUCUUUGCAAGUGAUGAACUGCCUCUGAACAUCAUCGAGACGGAUAAAGCCGAUGAAUUUCUCGAUAAGUAUUCCAAUACUAAAACACUCGUAGUUCCCUCAGGAUCAGUUGAAAGAAUGAACGAUUGGCCAGGAUUAUCUUCUCAAACAUUCUCCAUUCAAGGCGUGAAGGAAAAGGGAAGUAAAGACGUAGUGCUUUCAUCCAUUGGAUGGGUGAUGGUUACAACUGCUGAUCCAUCCGUGAAACUGAAUGUGUAUACGCCUGGCGGUAAGGGAAUCUCCCUGAGAAAUCCCAUCCUUCCAUAUUCGGCUUCUUUAAGAGGCAAACGGGUCCCGGGCAGCCAAUUUUAUAAGGUUAACCCGAUAGAAUUUCCUGUAAAUACAAGAAGAAUCAAAGCUCAGAAAAACAAGAAAAAGUUCUCGAAGAAGUAG